GCCUCCCUCCGGCCGCACCUCCACCCGCCAGGUCAGAGGCCGCGGGGCGGGCCUUGGUGACUCGCGCGGAAGCGCCUUGUGGACCCUCGGAAGCCGCCCGGGCAGCAGAGAGGCUGCGCCCACAGCCUGGCACCCCGAAGGCAGGGUCUCGGGACCGUUCCGAGCCGGCUGAACCCCUUCGGCCCCAAGCGGCCGCAUGAGUCGGGGGACCAUGCCUCAGCCCGGAGCCUGGCCGGGCGCGAGCUGUGCCGAGACACCGGCGCGGGAGGCUGGGGCCGCGGCGCAGGAGGGCGGGAAGGCGGCGGCAGGCGGGCAGCCGCGGUCCGAGAUGCGGUUCCCGGCCGAGCAUGAGGAGGACAUGUACCGUGCUGCAGAUGAAAUAGAAAAGGAAAAAGAAUUGCUUAUACAUGAAAGAGGGGCAUCAGAACCAAGAUUAAGUGUAGCUCCUGAAAUGGAUAUCAUGGACUACUGCAAAAAAGAAUGGAGGGGAAAUACACAGAAAGCAACAUGUAUGAAAAAGGGCUAUGAGGAGGUUUCUCAGAAGUUCACCUCCAUACGGCGAGUCCGUGGUGAUAAUUACUGUGCACUGAGGGCCACGUUGUUCCAGGCCAUGAGCCAGGCUGCUGGGCUGCCACCCUGGCUGCAGGACCCAGAGCUCACGCUGUUGCCAGAAAAACUUAUAAGCAAAUACAACUGGAUCAGGCAAUGGAAACUUGGACUGAAAUUUGAUGGGAAGAACGAGGACCUGGUUGAUAAAAUUAAAGAGUCCCUUACUCUGCUGAGGAAGAAGUGGGCAGGCUUGGCUGAAAUGAGAACUGCUGAAGCAAGACAGAUAGCUUGUGAUGAACUAUUCACAAAUGAAGAGGAAGAAUAUAGCCUCUAUGAAGCUGUAAAAUUUCUAAUGCUAAACAGAGCCAUUGAACUGUAUAAUGAUAAAGAGAAAGGAAAGGAAGUACCAUUUUUCUCUGUGCUUCUGUUUGCUCGGGACACAUCAAAUGACCCAGGACAGCUGCUGAGGAACCACCUAAACCAAGUGGGACACACUGGUGGUCUUGAACAGGUUGAAAUGUUCCUUCUUGCCUAUGCUGUGCGCCACACAAUCCAGGUGUACCGGCUCUCUAAGUACAGCACAGAGGAGUUCAUCACAGUCUACCCUACCGACCCACCCAAGGACUGGCCAGUGGUAACGCUCAUUGCUGAGGACGAUCGCCACUAUAAUAUCCCUGUCAGAGUGUGUGAGGAGACCAGUCUGUGAGAGACGCAUGCUCCUGACAGCCUGGUGAUGUGGCCAAGAUGCACAGGUGGCUGCUGGGUUUGGGCUGCAGGCCUGAGGGGUCUCUAAGAACAAUCUUUGAGAACCUUGGGGCCCUGGGAGCCAAGUUGGACAGGAUGUCCUGAAGAUUAGCUUUUGAUAAGAGAAAUUAACCAAGUCUUUCCCCUCAUCUUUGAUGCAAUAUAUUUCAUUGGGGGCCUUCAGAGCACACCUGUUGGACAGUGCAAACUAUAUCUUUUCCAGAAGGCAAAUACUUUUGUAUCAGAGGAAACUAAGUUUUGGAAAGGAAUAUGUUCUUUAUAUCUCAAAUCAAAGCUCUCUCAAAUGGUACACUGGCUUCUAAGUUUUUUAAGACAGUAUUUUUCCCCUCUCUAGUAGUAAUGAUUUUCUGUAGAACUCCCUAUACAGUCUGCUUUAACUCAGGACCUUCAGAUUAUGAGAUGGAUGUGCUGCCCACUGCACUAAGGGGGCCUCUAACAGUCUGCUUUAAGUGGUAUAAUUCUGAGAUGGAUCUGUUACUGGCAUAGUCAUGACAACCUGUGGUAAUCUCAUCUUCUUAUGAAGAGAAGAGCAAUGGUUUAGACUUACAUCUUAAUUAAGGCUAUUUUAAGCAGAUUGUCUUGCAGCAGAUUAAGAAUUGGGUCCCAGAGUGGGUUAUUUCAAGGCAUUUUUGAAGACUGGAGGAGCCGUAGGAGGGAGUGAUGAGGGAACCUACAACUGCUUCCUCCUUGUGAUUGUGACAGGUGUCCGAUGUCUCCAGUGCACUGGAGUCCGGGGCUUGGUGCAGGUGGUGCACCAUCAGUGUGGACAGACACUACUUGCCUUUGUGCUUUAGUGUUGGAAGCUUUAAUUAUUCUUCAGUUCCAUAGAUUCAUGAUUUUAUAGCCAGACAGUUUCUAUCCACCUGUUUUCAAAGGAGGAAACCGAGGCCAAAUUACUUUGAUGUAGGGCUGAGCUGGACCCAGGUUUUCCUGUGCUCUUUGCAUGCUGUGUUGGAGGGUAUGUCCAUUGUCAGAUCUGUGUAACCCAUCUGGGGCAGGGGAUGAGUGACAGCAAACCAUCUCAGAUUUUUCACGAGUACAUUAAGCAGAAGCAUGUAGGAAUAUGAGUGCAAAAGUGUGGCUGAGCUGCCUAUGCCCUUGAUUGGUUGAGAAGCCCGAGAGAGGCAGCCUUCUUGGCUAUGAACCAUCAUCUGCCCAGUCAGGCUAAGGAUGGUGACUGGGUGGUGAAGGGGCAACUCUCCUGAGCAUGAUCUGCCUUAUGGCCUGAACUGGCCUCGCUGUGGACUGCAGAUGGUGUUCACGUGAAUCAGAGACAACAGGAUUGUACUGGCAGCCCCUGAAUUGGCUCAACAUUUGUGGAGGUGGUGUUUCCCUGAAGUACUGAGCUUUGUUUUAUAAUAUUAAAAUCUUUAUUUGGUCCAAUUUAA